CUAACCCAACCCCCAACAGAACUUGCUUCCAAGCUCACAGUAUGGCCAAUUAGGUGCUCCAGCCACCGUAAUGACAUGGCUCUGCUGUCACUGUCGCUUUCAUAUGUCUCAUUGUCUAGCGAUUGAUCCAAGUGUACGGGUGUAUGUGUUACGUAGGUGUGCUUUUUUGGUGAUCGAUGUUCGACUGACACCCCACCGCACCCCACCAGCAUGCCACCCCGCCUAUUUUGCUGACUGCUCUCCCCAUAAUCACCCUACUAAUGUAGGAGUCCUACCUGCCACUGCCCCUUUCUACUUCAUUUCUACUCCUUAUUAAAAUCAAAACAUAUUCUCGCUCAUCGAAUUCUAUCCCACUUCUUCAUUAUAUUCUUCUCAUUGUUGCAUACAGCUCCAUCCUCGCAGAUAUGGUUCACCUCAACCGAGUCGCUACCGACCAGGAGGUCCAAGAGCAGGCUGCCAUUGCCAAUGGCUUUGAGAAGAUCAAGCUCGACGAAUUCGAUGACGAGGAAGACGACUACACGGCGACUGUCUACGGUUCAAAGUUCGCUGCUGCGGAUCUACCGAAACAUAGUAUGCCAGAGAAGGAAAUGCCUCCCCAGGUAGCUUACCGCAUGAUCAAGGACGAUUUGACUCUAGAUGGCACACCUACGCUGAAUCUUGCGUCUUUCGUCACGACAUACAUGGAAGACGAGGCUGAAAAGCUCAUGGUCGAGGCCUUCUCAAAGAACUUCAUAGAUUACGAGGAAUACCCCGUUUCAGCAGAUAUUCAGAAUCGAUGCGUCAACAUGAUUGCAAGACUUUUCAAUGCUCCCACAAGCGACGGCGAAACGAAUGUCAUGGGAACCAGCACUAUUGGAUCCUCCGAGGCAAUUAUGCUUGCUGUAUUGGCCAUGAAGAAACUCUGGCAGAACAAGCGUAAGGAGGAAGGGAAGCCUUUUGACAAUCCCAACAUCAUCAUGAAUGCGGCCGUCCAAGUGUGCUGGGAGAAGGCUGCCAGGUACUUCGAUGUCGAGGAACGCUUCGUCUACUGCACGUCCGACCGCUUUGUCAUCGACCCCAAAGAGUGUGUCGAUAUGAUUGAUGAGAACACUAUCGGUAUUUGUGCUAUCCUCGGAACGACAUAUACUGGCGAGUAUGAAGACGUUAAGGCUAUCAAUGACUUGUUGGUCGAGAGGAAUUGCGAUGUGCCAAUCCACGUCGAUGCUGCCAGUGGUGGCUUUGUUGCUCCUUUCGUCAAUCCCGGCUUGGAGUGGGAUUUCAGACUACCAAAGGUCGUCAGUAUCAACGUCUCGGGCCACAAAUACGGCCUUGUAUACCCAGGUGUCGGUUGGGUCGUUUGGAGAGACCCCAAGUACCUACCCAAGGAGCUCGUCUUCAACAUCAACUAUCUCGGCGCCGACCAAGCAUCCUUCACACUGAACUUCUCCCGCGGAGCCUCGCAGAUCAUUGGGCAAUAUUACCAACUAAUCCGCUUAGGCAAGCGAGGAUACAGACGCGUGAUGCUCAAUCUCACCCGAACGGCCGACUACCUCGCCAAAAACCUGGAAUCCCUAGGCUUCAUCAUCCUGUCCGAGCGAAGUGGAGCCGGUCUCCCUCUCGUCGCCUGCCGUCUUGAUGAGGAUCUCGAGAAGCACUACGACGAGUUCGCCAUUGCCCACCAGCUUCGCGAACGCGGUUGGGUCGUCCCCGCCUACACCAUGGCCCCGCACUCUGAGAAGAUGAAACUUAUGCGCAUCGUCGUGCGCGAGGACUUCACGAAGUCGCGCUGCGACGCACUCAUCAACGACUUCAAGCUCGCGCUCCAGACCCUCGACGUCAUGGACAAGAAGAAGAUCGAGGAACAUGAGAAACUCCUCAAGCAUAUGCGUCGCAGAUCGACGUUCUCUUCGAGUGGAGGCAAAUCGGACCUGCCGAGUACGCACUUUGCGAACCAGGAUCAUAGCUUGCAAGGUCAGGAGGGGAAGACACAUGCCGUUUGUUAAGAGGGCUUUAUCUGAACAUUGCGAGGGUGUUUUGGCGACGGGUAGUAGGGUGAAGGUGGGGUUGGGGCAUUUAUGACGUGGAUCUGUUUUUUGGGAUUUACGAUCUAGCCAACUUCAUGAUUUUCUGGGUUUGAUACUUUUCUUGAGGAGGACAUAUAUGGGUUGAUGGUGUCGAGGGGCGGGCUCUCUUUGGAUAGGGAAUGGUACAUACAUGGGACUUUUUCAU